ACACUCUCAAAGUUGAACGGCGAUGAGCACGACUGAUUCUGGCAAACCUUAUCACAUCGAAUGCACUGGUCAUGCACUAGAAACCGUCAAAUCUCAUAGUUCUUCGCAAGACAUCACUCUCUUCGGAAGCUGUUUCUGUCCUUUUGUUCAACGCGUCUGGACUGCAUUCCAGUUUCUCGAUAUCCCGUACAAAUAUUAUGAGGUUGAUCCGUACAAGAAACCUCAAGAUCUCCUUGAAGUUUCUCCGAAAGGUCUCGUUCCGGGAUUGAGGUUUGAUAACUUCAGCCCGCCGAAAGCAUUAAACGAGAGUACCGUGAUCUUGGAGUAUCUGAACGAUGUUGCAGCUAACUCUAACGGACGAAGCCUCUUGCCACCGAGUUCCAAUCCAUAUGCUCGAGCUCUCGUCCGUCUUCAGUGCGAUCAUGUCAACCGUCAACUUGUACCAUCAUUCUAUCGGUAUCUACAAGCACAGGAUACUCAGACCCAGAUCCAGGGAGGAAAGGAAUUUGCUGACUCCAUUGAGGCACUGGUAUCUCUGUUUGAACGAGCCGAAAAAGAAGUAUAUCUUAAUCAGAAAUCUGGUACGGCUGGGGAAGGGGAAAGGGUAUCUUUGCGGGCUGGGCUUGGUUUGUGGGUGGAGGGAAAUGUUGAUCUAGGAAUGACGGAUGUUAUGGCCGGUCCUUGGUUAUUUCGUGCGACCAACGUAUUAAAGCAUUAUCGUGGCUUCCAGCUACCAUCAGGAACGAAGUUCGAUGCGUAUUUGGACCGUCUGUUCAAUCAUCCCGCGUUCAAGAGUACAUGUUCUACCGAGGAGUUGUAUCUAGAUAGUUAUGAGCGAUACGCAUUCAAUCGCCCCAACACAAGUCAGGUUGCAAAUGCCAUCAAUUCAGGAAGAAGUCUACCUUGACUUUCACUCCGGUAAGAAGUGAAUUGUGAGUUAGAAGCAAUGAGGCGAAGUGUAGGAUGUGAUCACUACACAAACACGCGCUGUAACAAUGAACUAUAAAGCAAAUAUGUAGCAAAUAUGAGUCGACCACAAUAAUAUAUGUGAAGCCUCCGAACUAACUGUGCAUUGGGGCUCAUGAUCAAGCGC